UCCCCCAGGGGUUCCCUCCCACCCCAUUCUCUCUGCCUUCCCUAACCGGGCUAGUGGCCAGAUGAACGCGGUUCCUGAAAGAAGGAAGAGUGAGCAAGAAACCGCAACUCAGAACUGCAGCUUCUCAGCUUGAAAAAGACAAUGAAGAAAGAGACCUCUCAAGAUCAAAGGAGGGGAUGGAACAAUAAGUGAACACGGGGGAACUAGGAAGUGGCGUUGGAAUGGAGUGACUGCUAAAGGGUUACGGCAGGUACCCAAGCAGCGGCUCCCACCCCUGCCUUUUUAUUCGCAGACCCUGGCCUUUCACCCUCCUUGGGGCAUUGCAAGACCCGAAUCACCGGAGGUACCGCAGGAGAUCAAUGGAAGAGAAGAGGAUAGGGCGGGAGCAGUCAAAGAGAAGUAGGGUCCGGGGGGAGGCCAGAGGCAGAAUGCAUGUGGUUGGGGCCCACGCCUCCGAGGAAGCCAUGCAAGGGUGACCCGGGAUGCUCUCCCCGCCCCGGUCCCCUCCCUUCCCAGGGGGCGGCCCGCAUCCAGGCCGGAGUCCGGGUGGGGCGGCGCCGGCAAGGAUGAAUAAUUGAGGUAGAGGGGAGGAGGAAGAGGAGCGGCGGAGGAAGAGCGGGAGGCGGGAGCCGCCCGCGCAGGGUCCUCCCCACUCCGCACCCCACCCGCUCCGCCGCCCGGAAGUCGCUCCCCGCCUCCUGCUCCGCCAACAUGGCCGCGAAGUCGGAUGGAGCGGCGGCCGCGGCCGGCCCGGGGCCCGAGGGGCCGGCGGGAGCAGCCCGGGGCCGGGCAGGAGGGCGCGGGGAGGUAGCGGCGGAGAUCGCGGGCCCGGGCCCGGCGGCGGCGGGGGGCCCGGGGCCGCGCUACGAGCUGCGGGACUGCUGCUGGGUGCUGUGCGCGCUGCUCGUGUUCUUCUCCGACGGCGCCACCGACCUGUGGCUGGCGGCCUCCUACUACCUGCAGGGUCAGAACACCUACUUCGGCCUCACCUUGCUCUUCGUGCUUCUGCCCUCGCUGGUGGUGCAGCUUCUCAGCUUCCGCUGGUUCGUCUACGACUACUCGGAGCCCGCGGGGACCCCGGGACCCGCCGUCAGCACCAAGGACAGCGACAUCGGCGGAGCCGCCAUCAGCACCAAGGACAGCGCUGUCGCCUUCAGGACCAAAGAAGGCAGCCCGGAGCUGGUCCCCCGGCCCGUGCAGUCCUCGGCCAGCACCUACCGCCGCCGCUGCUGCCGCCUCUGCGUCUGGCUGCUGCAGACCCUCGUUCACCUCCUGCAGCUCGGCCAGGUCUGGAGGUACCUGCGCGCCCUGUACCUGGGGCUACAGAGCCGCUGGCGCGGGGAGCGGCUGCGGCGCCACUUCUACUGGCGGAUGCUGUUCGAGAGCGCGGAUGUGAGCAUGCUGCGUCUGCUGGAGACCUUCCUGCGCAGCGCGCCGCAGCUGGUGCUGCAGCUCAGCCUGCUGGUCUACCACAGCCGACAGCCAGACCUGCUGACUGCCCUCUCCAUCUCUGCCUCCCUUGUGUCCCUGGCCUGGACACUGGCAUCCUACCAGAAGGUGCUGAGAGACUCAAGAGACGACAAGCGGCCCCUGUCCUACAAGGGUGCUGUAGCCCAAGUACUAUGGCACCUGUUCACCAUUGGGGCCCGAACCCUGGCUUUCGCCCUCUUUGCCAGCGUCUACCAGCUCUACUUCGGCAUUUUCAUCGUAGCCCACUGGUGCGUCAUGACCUUCUGGGUUAUCCAGGGUGAGACAGACUUCUGCAUGUCCAAGUGGGAGGAGAUCAUCUACAAUAUGGUGGUGGGGGUCAUCUACAUCUUCUGCUGGUUCAACGUCAAGGAGGGCCGCAGCCGCCGUCGACUGACCCUCUACUACUGCAUCGUGCUGCUGGAGAACGCAGCGCUCACCGGCUUCUGGUACUCCAGCCAGAACUUCUUCACUGACUUCUACUCACUCAUCCUGGUCUGCCUGGUCGCCUCCAGCUUCGCCCUGGGCAUAUUCUUCAUGUGCGUCUAUUACUGUCUCCUGCACCCCAAUGGGCCCAUGCUGAGGCCCCAGGCCCCCGGCUGCAUCUUCCCUGAAGCCCCAGGGCCCUGUGCCCCUCCAGCUGACGCCAUCACAAGUCCACCGAGAUCUCUGCCAAGGACUACAGGCGCUGAGCGGGAUGGGGCCUCGGUGGGAGGUGAGCGAGCAGGGACACCGACGCCACCUGUCUUCCAGGUGCGGCCCGGCUUGCCUCCCACGCCAGUGGCUCGCCCCUUGCGGACAGAGGGGCCUGUCAUUCGGAUUGACUUGCCUCGGAAAAAGUACCCAGCAUGGGAUGCUCAUUUUAUUGACCGCCGGCUCCGGAAGACCAUUCUGGCUUUGGAGUAUUCUUCACCUGCCACGCCCAGGUUGCAGUACCGGAGCAUUGGCGCCUCCCAGGAGCUGCUGGAGUAUGAGACCACAGUGUAGGCACAGUCUGCCUCCCAAAAGGGACAGGCUUGGCUGAUCCCACAUUGACCACAGUGUUGAGUCUGGAUUUCAGGGCCACCAGGCUAAGUGGGAGUAGAUCUUUGGAUCCAAGAAUGGCCCCACCAUGGGGUUCCCUUAGGGGAGAGGUCAGCCCUGUGGAGGCCUGAGGCCUCAUUUUUAGCCCUAUGGCUCAUUCCCUAAGUUCCCCUGGACCAGGGCACAGGGUGUCAACUGGUGCUACUCCCUCAUAAACUGCCCCACUCUCAUGGGGAUGCCAUAUUAUGCUUGGCACAAGGGUCUUCACCUUUUCCCCUGCCUGGAAUCAUCCCACAUCACCCCUGGUGGGCGUACCAGAGAAAAGGCACUGCCUGAGGCCCAAGGCAUCCCUCAGGGAGUGUGGGGAAGGGCUGCCUUGUGGUAGGCAGGGAUCCCUGAGAGAAGGAUGGAAAAGGCUAUAGGGGAUGUGGGAUAAAUUGGGGGGAAUCUCUAGACAGAAUCGCCACAGUUCCUAUAGGAAGGGGAACUGGACAGGUGGAGAAUUAGAGCAGGGAGGUGGGGAGGGAGCUUGGGGGGUCUGACAGUGCAGACAUUGGCAGGAUAAAGAACCCUAAAGAGUGAGGGCUGGGAGCAGUAUGAAGGGGUACAAGUGUGGGGUGGGGUGCCUUGGCUUGGGAGGUGCAUUUGUUUGGAGCUCUAUUACGGAUGAGGGCUAGACCCCUCAGGUGAGAGGUCACAAGGGACUGUUUGUUCUCGAUGUGCAUCUGGGAUGUUCCCUGUAGAAAAAGGUCUUAAGCACAGCAGAUGAAACGUC